UCAGUGUCUCCUCUGGCUCAGUAAUUCACCAUGCUUCGACUAACGAUUCUAACGUGUUUCCUGUUCGUCGCGUUGAGCGCGGCGGUGAACCCGAACUGGUACAAAAAUGCCGUCGUGUACCAGAUCUAUCCAAGGAGCUUCAAAGACAGCAACGGAGACGGUAUCGGCGAUCUGAACGGUAUUACGAGCAAGUUGGAGCACGUGGCGGACAUCGGCGCGGACGCUUUCUGGUUGUCCCCGAUUUACAAGAGUCCGCAAGUAGAUUUCGGCUAUGAUAUCUCCAACUUCACGGAUAUCGAUCCAACUUAUGGAACGUUGGCGGAUUUCGACCGACUGGUAGCCAAGGCCAAGUCCCUCGGGCUCAAGGUGAUCAUGGACUUCGUGCCUAAUCAUAGCUCUCACGAACAUCCCUGGUUCAAGAACAGCAUCAAGAAGAUCAAGCCGUACGACGAGUAUUACGUUUGGCGCAACGCCAAGUACGUCAAUGGGAAGAGACAACCGCCGAACAACUGGUUAAGCAACUUCCAAGGUUCCGCCUGGGAGUGGAACAACGACCGAAAGCAAUACUAUUUGCAUCAGUUCGCCGCUGGUCAACCGGACUUGAACUACCGGAACCCGGCCGUGCGCGAGGAGAUGAAGAACGUGUUGACCUUCUGGAUGAACCGCGGCGUCUCCGGUUUCCGCAUCGACGCCAUCAAUCACAUGUUCGAGGACAGUCAGUUUCGGGACGAGCCGAGCGCCAACAGGCCAGACAUUCCCAAAAAUGAUUACGACAGCUUGGUGCACAUUUACACAAAGGAUUUGAACGAGACGUAUGACGUGCUGAAGACAUGGAGAAAGCUGAUGGACGACCACUCGGCUCAUACUAACACCGACCCGAAGAUGAUCCUCACCGAAGCGUACGCCUCUCACGAGCUAACCGUUAAGUACUACAACUCUGGAUCCACUGUUCCCUUCAACUUCAUGUUCAUCACCGACGCGCACAACAGCUCCAGUGCGAUGGACUUCAAAGGAAUGAUCGACAGGUGGAUGAAGGCUGUGCCGGAAGGCAAAGUGGCGAACUGGGUGGUGGGCAAUCACGACAACCAUCGCGUGGCCUCGAGAUUCGGUAGACAUCGAGCCGACGAGAUCACCAUGAUAGCGAUGAUUCUGCCUGGCAUAGCAGUCAUUUACAACGGCGACGAGAUCGGAAUGGAAGACAGGAACUUUACAUACGCCGAGACGGUUGAUCCGGCUGGCUGCAACUCCGGCCCCGCCAGGUACUACUUGAGAUCCAGAGAUCCCGAGAGAACGCCCUACCAAUGGGACAAUACCACCAGCGCCGGUUUCUCCAGCAAUAAUAAAACCUGGCUGCCCGUCCAUUCGAAUUACAAAACUUUGAAUCUAAAACACCAGAAGGCAGAGUACUAUUCUCACUAUCAAGUUUUCAAGAGUCUGAGGAGCAUAAAGAGACAGUCGGUGAUCGAACGGGGCGAGUUGAAGGUCGAGGUGUACGAUAAGAGAAUUUUGAGUAUCAGCCGCGUUUUAGGGAACGACACUGUUAUUGUUAUGACCAACCGCUCCAACAAACCUGCCGCUGUGAACAUUUCUUCCAGGAACGUUCCCCCUCUCCUGAUAGUUUACGCAGCUAGCAUUGGCUCGAAUCUUCGCCCUGGUACUUUAGCUUUGACAAAUUCAUUACUUGUUCCCAAAGAGAGUAGCGUUCUGUUCACCAGUCUCAAUAUAUAUUGGUCAGAUCAUGAAAAUUGAGCGUUGCUGUACGAUGUUGCUGGUGUGGCAUAGCAUAUUUUAAUAAAUUUUGUCCUAUUUAAUUUCACUUUAAUAAAUUUUGUCCUAAUGCCUUUCUUUUACCCUCGAGCGUCUUGCUCAUUUGAACGUUAUAGUUUUAAUAUAUGGAAUGUCUACAUAUUUUUUUCUCAAGAUUGAAAAUUAUAUUAUUAACACGAAUUAAUGAUCCAUUAGUAAAGUGGACAAAGGUUAAAUUCCAAUAAAAAUAUCAUUCACAUGUACUUUUUUCCCUUUUCGAGUAGAAUUAUGAUUCACGUUGUUUCGAAGCUGGGUCGCGUCACCGCUUCUCUGAAAAUUUAACGAACCUCCGGCAAUGGGGCGCGGACAGCGAACUUUCAUAAUUACUCGCGCCAGAAACGGCGAAACUGCGCGAAUACCAGCCGCGAAAAGCCUGUUAACAAGAUUACGAUCGUUUAGAACAAAGUGGUUAAUCGCGCGUUAGAAUUUUUAUCGCGACGCGUCGUUGGUUUGUCGGUGCGAUUAAAAA